AUGAGACUAUCAGUUGUGUGUCGUUUCCUGGCCCUCACCUUUCUCAUGGUCACCACCUACGUGUUCAUUCGUAGCUAUACCAACUUCAACCUGAAAACCAUCCGUCUGCCACGUUGGCUGGCCCACAGCCCCUCUCCCUCCGUGAGUGUUGUGAAGUCCAAGUGCGGCCUCAGCAAGUCCUGCCCAACCGACUACUUUGCAUUUAAGAUUUGCAGUGGGGCUGCCAACGUUGUGGGUCCUUCCUUGUGUUUUGAAAACCACAUGAUCAUGAGCCCUGUGAAAAACAACGUGGGCAGAGGCCUGAACAUCGCCCUGGUCAAUGGAUCUACGGGAACAAUGCUGAAACACGGUUUCUUCGAUAUGUACUCUGGAGAUCCUAAAAACCUAGAGAAAUUCCUUAAGGAAAUCCCAGAGGACACGCUGGUGUUGGUGGCCUCCUACGAUGACCCUGGGACCAAGAUGAAUGACAACAUCAGGACGCUCUUCUCCAACUUGGGGAGUUCCCAUGCAAAGCAACUUGGAUACCGGGACAGCUGGGUCUUCCUAGGAGCCAGAAACCUCAGGAGCAAAAGCCCCUUUGAGCAGUUCAUAAAGAAUGUCCCAGAAACCAACAAGUACGAAGGAUGGCCGGAGCUCUUAGAGCUGGAGGGCUGCGUGCCUCGGAAGGUAUUUUAG